AUGAAUCUCUGUAUUUCCCUAUUUUCCCUACUUUCAAUCAUUUUAAUCGGUUUUGGAGUCAACACUGUGGUUGCUCAAAAAACGCCAGUUUGUACACAUGGAUUCACAUUGAUCAACGACAAAUGUUGGAAACUAUUCAACAAUCCAGUGAACCAUACAGAAGCUGAAAAAUCCUGCAACAGCUUCGGAGCUACACUUGUCACUGUGAAAAGUGCAGAGGUAGGAGUUAAUACAAUUCUAUCACUAUAUCGUUUGGUUUUAGGAUAAUAAAGCAAUAUUCACUAUGGCUGAAAAGUAUGCUUCCACGGUAUGGCUGGGAUUGUACUGUUUGGGAAAUAGACCUUCAACAUGUUUCUGGGAUGACGCUAGCGGAUCAGCGGAGAGCUUGAACUAUUUCUCACGUAUGAGUAUUUACCCUCGCGUUGAACUUGGAAAUUGCAUCUACUACGCUACCGAUGGUGUUUUGGCUAAAACAUGGAUCAGCACUUCUUGUGACAGGAGUACUUUUGAAUAUAUUUGUGAGCUACCGACAACUUAUGAAGGUAAUCAAACCAGUGCCUUCCGCGCCUAGGUAUUGGUCAAUCUCAAGAAAGGAGGCGUACCCAACAAAUCAAACUUUACCGCCCCUGAUUGGUUGGUCACUCCCCAAAAUUUGAAAUACGAGAUGUCGUUUUUUUAGCACUUUGAAGGCCCCUGACGAGGGAAUUUCUCGUUUUCAGUACACUAUGAACAUUUUUUGUAUCAUUUAUUUUCAAAAAUAUUUAGAGUUUCAGAAACAGUUUAAAAUAACUACUUUGACAUUAAAUCAAGCAAAAUUUUAUUUAUAUUGACUUCAAUACGUCCGUGGCGCAAUGUUUCUGAAAACAACAUUUGAUCUAUAAUUUGACCUCUAGACAUCUUAUAUUAGCUGAAACUUUAUCUUAAAUUCAAACAAGACCCAUUCCAGAUAACUGCACCUACAACUAUAAUGGACAUUGCUACACAUUCAGCCAAUAUAAUCGCCAAUUCGGUGUGGCGUAGGAUCUAUGUGCUCAAGAGUGUGGAAAUCUUGUGUCAAUCCACUCGGCAAACGAGAACAAAUACAUCAACACGAUGGCCCCGAAAAAUGAGUAUUUCAUCGGUGCGCUUUGGAAUUAUCAGACAAAACUGCAAUGGGUGGAUGGUUCGAAUAUGGACUACAAUAAUACCUAUCCAGUGAACAUUCGUCGUGUCGAUUUUUGCACUGCAAUGUCUACAACAAGUCAGCCGACUCGGCUACCUGGAUUUUGGUACAACGAGGACUGCAGUUCAGAAUUGCCGUACAUUUGCAAACGUGAAGCUGGUGUACAGUGCGCGAUCCCAUCACCAACUGUCACUCCGAGCAUCGAAGGCCCUUCUUUUUGUAACAGCACACCACAAAUGGCCCCUGGUGCGAUAUCAUCCCCAAAAAGAGUGUUUUCUUCACAAUUGUACUGUAUUUAUCAAUUGGCUACACUCGGGCCGUACAAGAUAGCGCUGACAUUCAAAUAGUUCCGCAAGACAACUUCAGAUGAAUAUGUGUCAAUUUACGAUGGAAGUUCAAUCUAUAGUCCACGUUUGGGAGGUUACGAUGGGGAUUUGUUCUGUAACACAUUCACGUCAAGUGGUAAUAGAAUGGUUGUCCUAUUCACAGUGAUUCCUGGAAACAUGACAAGUGAAUUUGAAGCAGUCUUUACAUCAGUUGUUUGA